AUGUAUAAACAACAACAAUAGUAAUAAUACUCACAUCCUACACAAUUGAUUCCUUCAGUUUGUACUCUCAAUACAUAAGAGGAAGAUUCAUAAGACUAUUAAUUAAUAUAAAGAAAACUUUAAUGUUACAAAGAUAAUUUGAAAAUAAUUCAAAAAAAUAAUGAGGAUGAUCGCAAGUAUUUGUCAACAUCUUCAGAUGUCUUGUAAUUGACAGAAUCAUAAGAAGAAGACAGUGAAUAAUUACGAUAACAUAUUAAUUUACUUUAAGAUGAAUUGAGUAAAACAAAAUAAAAUAUGAUGUAAAUAAUUGAAGAAUUAACAUAAUAAAGAGAUUUACUUAUAUAUAAGAUUCAAGAAUUAGAAUCUACUAUUGAUAAUUUAUAAUAACAAAAGCAAAUUCGAAAUAAAUCAAUUCACUCUACUUUAUUGGAUAUAACAUAUGAAUAAGAUUAAACUUAAGAUUAUAGUAGAAAAAGGACAAGAUCAAAAUAUGAUGAUUAAAAUUGUUGGAAAAGAAUUUUUGAAGAAUUAACUGAAAUGUUGAAAACAGAAAAUGUAAUACAAGAAGUUCAUCGUUUAUAAUAAAAAUGCAUUAAAUAAGAUAAAUUUAUUGGAUGUGUAUAAGAUUUAGUUAUUAAAUUAACACCAAAAGAUAUAUUUGAACAUUCUAAACCUUAAUUAAGAGAUUGUUGGCAUUGGAUUAAAGGAAUAUGUACAGAAUAUAUGAGACUAAAAAAAAUGUAGGCCACUGUUAUAGUGGAAACAUGUACAUAAAUUCUCAAUGUCCAACCUUAAGACAUAGUUAAUUAAAUUUAAUUUCUAAUUAAAAGAAUAAUUGCAUAAAAAAAUUGA